AUGACUCUCAUGCGAAUAUCAAAGGGUACAUUAGUAUAUAAUUUAUUGAAACAAGAGGGUAUUCCGGGCGCAUACGUUUACACGUAUGUUUUUAACAUAACUAAUGCAGAGGCCUUCAUAGCUGGAGUGGAUAGCAAGCUGAAAGUGGAUGAAGUCGGUCCAUUUGUUUACCAAGAGUAUCGCACCAAUACAAACUUCCGACUCGACGAAGAGACGGGAACGAUGUGGUACACCCCAAAAAUAAACGCCCGUUUCAUCCCCGACAUGUCCAUCGCGCAUCCCUCAAAUGUUAACCUUACUAUGCCCAAUAUUGCUAUGCUGACUAUAUCAUCACUAGUUUCCUCAUACCCAUAUUGGACUCGGCUGGCCUACAAUGUAAUGGUCAACCAACUCCACUCCACCUCCGUCAUGAAUGUUGAUGCAGACAGCUUCCUCUGGGGGUACGAUGAGCCCACCAUUGCUAUGGCACAUACUAUUCUACCCGGCUGGAUUAACUUUGAACGACUGGGUGUGAUGGAUAGACUCUAUAACUCUGGAGAUAUGAUGUUAGAGCUAGGUGCGACGAAUGAGGACAAAUUUCUGAUCAAGUCAUAUAAUGGAGGGAAGGGGAUCGAUGCUCUUGGAUACAGCAAUAAAAAAAGUCAUUGUAACACGCUCGAAGAUACGUAUGAAGGUAUCGCCUACCCCUCAGACCUGACGAAAGAGAGGCCACUGCGCGUCUUCAGAAAUGUGUUUUGUCGCAUCUUAAAUCUCAAAUACCAAGGCACCAAGACGAUGGACUUUGGUCCUGAAGUAUAUAAAUACACAUUUAACAAGGAUGUUUUCUCUAAUAAUACAGAAAACGAUUGUUUAUGCACCAACCUGAAUUGUGCUGGGAUAACGGAUUUGUCACCAUGUUUCUUUGGCCUUAGCGUAGCGUUAUCUAACGCUCAUUUUUUACACGGAGAUCCUAAAAUAUAUGAGCGUAUCGAAGGUAUAGCUCCAGAUGAAGCAAAACACGGCAACGAGUUUUUGAUAGAUCCUAAACUUGGUGCCGUUCUGGACACACGGUUCACACUUCAACUCAGCUUGGUUUUAGACGAUCUGAGCUUCAACCCAAUCGCUAAACCUUUCUCCAGGAUGAUCAUACCAGUGAAUUACUUUAAAAUUGUACAGCCCGAGCUGCCACAGGAGACCAAGACCAACUUCUGGAUCGUCUACGUGCUCGCCCCAUACAUUAUACAUACCAUAGAAAUAAUCUUAAUCACCACGGGUGUAGUACUAGUCAUCCUUUCAGCUAGACUGUAUCACUCGUCACUAUUGGAACAAAAAGAUAUAAAAAGUAAUGGUAAACAAGUGAGACCGUUGGUAGACACCCAGAAAUAUAUAAAUUUGAACAAAUCUAGUGAAAAACUUGCAGGUUUAGCGUCUAGGUAG